AUGCCUGCCGACGCCGCACCCGCUGCUGCCGCGGCGCCCGACGCAGCGCCCGGCUCCGCCGCCAGCGCCGACGAGCUCGCCGCCGCGCCCGAGGCCGUGCAGAUGACCGACGAGGAGGAGCUCAGCGCCGCGGGCGGCGGCGACAACAGCGACAGCAGCAAGCUCAAGACGCUCAUGGGCAUCCUCAAGCGCAUGGUCGGCGUCAAGGACAUUGCCGCCAUCCGCCUCUCGCUGCCGGCGAACCUGCUUGAGCCGGUGCCAAACCUCGAGUACUGGAACUACCUCGACCGCGGCGACCUCUUCACCACCAUCGCCGAGUCCGAGGACCCGCUCGACCGCAUGCUCGCGGCGCUGCGCUUCACCUUCACCAAGGAGCUCAAGUUUGUCCACGGCAAGAUCUGCAAGCCCUACAACUCCAUCCUCGGCGAGCACUUCCGGUGUCACUGGGACGUCGAGCCGCCGGCGCUGACCGAGGAGGGCGACCUGCUGCCGCGCAUGGCGCUGCGCGCAGCAGCUGCGCCCGUCGAGGCGCCCGCACGGACGUCGGCCCGCACGUCGGCCGAGGGUGCCGUGCCGCCCAGCAGCGCGGCGUCGAGCGCCGGCAAGCUCAGCCGGCCAGGUUCGGUGCGCGGCGUCAGCACGGCGAGCGCCGCGACGACGACGAGCACGAGCACGACGGAGGAUGUGGCGCACAAGGCCAAGAAGGGCCUCAGCAAGCUGCUCGGCCGCAGCCACCGCAGCGGCGGCGGCGAUGCCGGCUCGGCGGCGGCCACGCCGGCUGCCACGCCGGCAGACGAGGAUGAGUUCGACGACGCGGCGUCGCAGGCCGGCUCGUUCAAGACGACGCACAGCGAGGCCGAGGCGCUGCCGCAGCUCGAGGCGGGCAAGCGGCGCAUCACGUUCCUCACCGAGCAGGUCUCGCACCACCCGCCGAUCUCGAGCUUCUUCGUCGAGUGCAAGCAGGCCGGCGUGCAGCUGUGCGGCGUGGAUCAGCUGAGCGCCAAGUUCACGGGCACUGCGGUGCGCAUCUUCUCGGGCGAGCAGAACCAGGGCAUCUUUGUGAAGCUGCUCGAGAACGCGCGCGGCGGGCCCGCGGGCGAGGAGUACCAGAUUACCCACCCGACGGCCAGCGUCAACGGCCUGCUGCGCGGCUCGCUCUGGGUGGCCAUCUGCGACACGACGAGCAUCACCUGCCGCGGCGGCCGGCGCGAGGGCGAGGAGGCCGAGGGCCAGGGCCCGCGGCUGCGCACGCUCGUCGAGUACAAGGAUGAGAGCUGGGUGAUGAAGGCCAAAUACGCGCUCGAGGCCGUCGUGUACGAGUACGACGAGAGCAAGGGGCAGGCGGCCGAGGAGUACAAGCGCAUCCGCGACGUGCCGCAGGACCGCGUCGUCGCGACGCUCGAGGGCACGUGGAAGGGUGCCAUCACGUGGAAGCGCAAGGGCGACAAGGACGCGCGCCUGCUGAUCGACCUCGACGAGCUGGAGCCGAGCAAGUGCGUCGUGCGCCCGCUCAAGGCGCAGCAGGAGAUGGAGUCGCGCAAGAUCUGGGAGCCCGUCACCAACGCCAUCAUCGCCAAGGACUACAGCGGCGCGACGAAGGCCAAGCAGGACAUCGAGCAGAAGCAGCGCGACACGGCGGCGGAGCGCAAGCGCAAGGACGAGUCCUUUGUGCCCGUCUUCUUCGACGCCGACAUCUCCGACGGCCGGCCGCGCCUCACGGCCGAGGGCCGCAAGGCGCUCGACGGCGAGGGCAUGCUGGACGGCUACGAGUGA